AUGCUCAAGCUCAAUUAUAAGGCCAUAGAGUUUGAAUUGAAUGUGCAGCUUGCAGAGCUGUCCAACAUCCCACAGCUGGACCACGUGUCAUGCUUUUACAUCCAGACAAUCUCGAACAGCCGGCUCACUGGCAAGCACCAGUACCAUCAUAGACACGCAGUUCAAUCGGCGGAGCGUCCGGUUGAAAACCACAAGUCUGUGUUCAACAACGAGCUAAUCCGGGCCAAACUGAAGCUCUAUGCCAAUCCAAAGGAAUCCUUUACGCUCUCCGAUAAAUGGCUAUACAUUACGUUUUUCAUUCACGAUACGCAUACUAGCAAGAAAAAUAAGCUUGGCACUCUUGAGCUCAAUUUGACGGAAUAUGCCAACGACCGCGAGCCUAAAAAUCUACGCUAUCUCCUCAAAGACUCAAAGACAAACGCGAUUCUGCGCUUGUCAGUAUACAUGAAACAUCUCGACAGUGCCCAAGAUUAUCAUUAUAAUGUCCCAAAAAGAAGCACACAGCAGAUAUACACGGGUCUAAAAGACUCGAUUGAGGAUUCCAAGAAGGAGUUCCCGGAUCCGGAGAAGCACAAAAACGACUCCGAGAUGAUUCUUAACGACAUCAUCAACAAAACGUUCAAGUUCAGCUGGCAGUUCAACGGUGUCAAUUACGACGAAUACACGCCUAUCGAGUGCGUUAGGGAUAUCACGCAGCACAACGGAAACGGCUGGAAACGGAACGAGUUCGGCGUCCCGUACAUCGACACCGUGCAACACGAUUACACCACGCGCAAGAAAACCGGCCAUGGACCCCUGCAGGAGUCAGACUACCGGUCAGAUCUGCGCAGCUGGCAUCUUGAAAGCUAG